AUGGAUGCAGAUGCCAACGUCAUGGAUGCCAACAUCAUGGAUGCCAAUGUCAUGGAUACCUACGUCAUGGAUGCCAACGUCAUGAAUGCCAACAUCAUGGAUGCCAAUGUCAUGGAUGCCAGCAUCAUGGAUUUCUGCGUCAUGGAUACCUACGUCAUGGAUGCCAAUGUCAUGGAUGCCUACGUCAUGGAUGCCAAUGUCAUAGAUGCCAAUGUCAUGGAUGCCUACGUCAUGGAAGCCAAUGUCAUGGAUACCUACGUCAUAGAUGCCAAUGUCAUGGAUACCUACGUCAUGGAUGCCAAUGUCAUGGAUGCCUACGUCAUGGAUGCCAAUGUCAUGGAUGCCUUUGUCAUGGAUGCCAAUGUCAUGGAUGCCAAUGUCAUGGAUGCCUACGUCAUGGAUGCCAAUGUCAUGGAUACUUACGUCAUGGAUGCCAACAUCAUGGAUGCCAACAUCAUGGAUGCCAAUGUCAUGGAUGCCAACAUCAUGGAUUUCUACGUCAUGGAUGCCUACAUCCUGGAAGCCAAUGUCAUGGAUGCCAAUGUCAUGGAUGCCAAUGUCAUGGAUGCCAAUGUCAUGGAUGCCAGUGUCAUGGAUGCCUACAUCAUGGAUACCUAUGUCAUGGAUACUUACGUCAUGGAUGGAUGCAUUCCCCAACACCACACCUGUCAUCAUCAGAAGGUUCACCAACAAAAUUAA